ACAGCAUGGAGACCAGCGAGUCCAGCACUAGCGACUACAGACAGACCGAGGGCGAGGGCGAGGGUGUACCGGGGACCUUGAGCACGGCUGUGUGUGAGCACCUGCGGAAGUUGUGUCUGCGCGAAUUCCCGUGUGGCAUCGGGAGCUGGAAUAAGUCACGCUUUCUUCCUCAAAAAUGUCGAGUCUGGAGGGAAUUGGUACCCAAGGAGGAGGAGACACUGGUUCCCGAGGAGGAGACUGUGGAGGCCCUGCUGGGCCUGGUGCGCAGCAACCACUCUCCUUGGGCUAUGCUGAAGGAUGCCAGCGCGGAGGACCGUUUCCUGAGGGAGCUGGCCAUCCAGAAUCCACUGAUGAUCAAAGACACUUUCUUCUACUCCUACUUCCGGUCCCUGCGGGUGGUGAACAAGGGGGUGAGUCUGGUGGAUAAAGACCUCUUGAAAUUUCUAAAGCUGGAGGAGUUGGUCCUGAGUGCCAAUAAAAUUGAGGAAAUCGAUGCCAACAAUCUGCCCCCGACAUUGAAGGUGCUGGAGCUCUAUGGCAAUUUGAUCGCCAGCAUGGAGUGUCUGUGCUCAGCCCCGCCCCCAAGGCUGCAGCACCUGGGGCUAGGCCACAACAAAUUGCUGGGCCCUUUGGAGAGUCUGUAUGUCACCUCCCACAACUGGCCCCAACUCGUCUCCCUGGACCUGGGCUUCAACAACUUGACGGACCUGCAGAACAUGAUCUUGGGACUCAGUACCCUGAGGCACCUGAGGCUCCUAGUACUGCAGGGGAACCCACUAUCUCUGGUGCCUUACUACCGUGGCUUUACCAUAGACAGCCUGGCACAUCUUUGUGUGCUGGACGACAUCACCGUGUCUCCCAAUGAGAAGCACCAGUUCCGGGGACUCAACAUUCACGGUGACCUUUUGGCACGUGAGGCCCAGUUUGUGGUGACGAUUGGAAAUGUCAGAGGGGUUCUGGACAGCUCUAUCUUGGACCCGGAGCCGGGACCUGACGGCCCUUUCAUUAGCUACAGCUAUUAUGUGACCUAUGACUUUGUGGAAGAUGAGGACAUGGAAAGAAAUGUUAGUGGGCUAGUAGAGGCAACACAUCAUGACAGCGUUCUGGAUGAGAUCGACAAGCAUUUCUCUGGCACCGAUGAGGAGGACCAACAGGAGGAUCCCUUAGACGGCCGCCACCGCCACAGAGGCCGUCAGAGGUUUCACCCAGGCUCGACGGAGGAGAUGUCCAAGGAGCUGUCUGAGUUCAUAGCGAAGGAGAUGAGUCAGAUGGCAGAAGGCUCGGUUGAAUCUGGGAUAACAGAGGUCGACUGGUCGGAGACGAGCAUUUCCAUCCACUCUGCGCCCCUGCCACAGUCAAUCGACUCUUCUGAAGAGCUGGCCAAGCUGCGGCCAAAGAUAGACAUCCAGCUCUGUCCAUCCCCAGGGACAGUCCUCUUCAACACGGUGCACAAGCCCUGGUCAGAUGUUAUUCCCUGCACCUAUGAGAUGAAGCACACCCUCAAGGAGCUGAUCCGGGUCAAGGCCUUCCUGCUGGCUGGGACUACUGUGAGCAUCGUAGAGGAGAAAAUCCUCUCCUGGCCUGUGGUACCCACUCCCGUUGAGAGUCCCUUGCCUGCCAAGAAGGGGAAAGACAACAAUAAAAAGAAAGAGCCUGCUAAGGAUAAGGUCCACAAGAAGAAAAAGGAGCCGCCCAGGGAGCUGCGGCAGGACCCCCCUGUGCUGACGGUGUUGGGCAGCGGGCUGGUGUACCUGGAGCCCUUGCUGGCCGGGGAGGCAGUGGUAUCCACUGUGUGUAAUUUCGGGGUGGUCCGAACCCUGGAGACAGACAGGCUCACACAUGCCAGGGAUUCAAAGAAGGUAAAGAAAUCUCUCAAGAAAGAUAGGUCGAAAACGGUGCCUCCAACCAUGGAAAGCGGGUACCAGCCAGAGCCACUGUCGGUGGAGGUCCAGAUCCAGCUGCACCAGUACCGCUCGGUGGAGGAAGCAUUCCUUAGCUUGAUUGACUAGCAGGGAGAAUAAAGGCUGCUCUGCAGCCGGAGCUUGA